AUGUCCAAAUUCGAGCCCAAUGCCGUCAUUCGCGGCUUCCAACUGACCAUCGUGGGAACCGUGAGAGCUUUGAUUAACCCGGAGCUCUUCAAAUAUGACCACUUUCGUCAGGCGGCUCUCGCCAUAGCUAUUGGGGUUGCUAUUCAGCUCAUCCUCCAGAUUCCCAUCAUCGGGUUCAAAUUCGUCAUCUGGAUGAUGUCUUGGGUAGUUGAUAUGGAAAAUGCCACCUGGGAUGACAGUAUCAUCGAAUUCAUGGAUGUCAUCUCCAAAUCUGUCCUGCAGGUUCCAUUCCUGGUGAUGACUAUAAUGGGACAUAUCACCCCUACACUCGAUGAGAUCUUCAUGGAAUCGCUCAAGUGGGUGGACACGACAUAUGUUCAAAAACACAAGUCAGACGAUCCCCAGACACUGCGUGACAUGUACUACCCCAACCUUGUGGCAUUCAAAAAGAACCGUCGCUCGGAAACGGGCGAUCCUAAAAAGAAGGGAAUCAUGAUUUUCCUUAAAAGAUACGGCCGCAAGGUUGGUAUGCUUCUGGGCGUGUAUCUCCUUUCGUUCCUCCCUGUCGUCGGACGAUUCGUGAUGCCUGCAGCCAGUUUCUACACUUUCCGAAUGGAGGUUGGAACUACUCCAGCUGCUGUCAUUUUUGGAACCGGUCUUUUCCUUCCCAAGCGAUACGUUGCUAGCUUCAUUCACAGCUUCUUUGCCUCCCGCAGUCUGAUGCGUGAACUUCUUGAGCCGUAUUUCCGCCGUGUCAUGUUCAAUUCCGACCAGAAGCGCCGUUGGUUCAAGGACCGUCAAGGAGUCCUCUUUGGAUUCGCCUUUGCCUUUACUGUCGUUCUGAAGACCCCCUUCAUCGGUGUUCUUAUGUAUGGAAUCGCGCAGGCAUCGACUGCGUAUCUCGUUACGAAGAUCACCGAUCCCCCGCCGAGCCCCGAGAAGAGUGAGGGAUUUGCCGAGUCCCAGGUUACGUGGAAGAACAAGCACGACUUUUUGCAACUGUCUCUGGACAACAUUGACAAGCUCAACGUGCCAGAAGAGGAGGGCAAAGAGCCAAAAUCGCCGGGUGUUUCUGGAAAGAAGUUUUCCUAA